UUUUUCCUUAUUUUUAUUAUUACUGUACGAAUUUUGAGCAACGGGUAAAAAUAUUAUAAGCAUGUUGACCUUCAGUGUAACUCUCUCUCUCUCUCUCUCUCUCAAUCUAUACAUACACACACGCGAUCGGACACUCCAUUGGAGGAGAAAUGCCAUUCUCGUUUGCUGAAGGCUUGUGAGCUGUAACGACCACAACUGUAAAAGGGUGGAGUACCUUCGAUACAUUUCUCCCUCAGCACACUCCGGGUAUGGACCUGCACAUCUUCUUCCUGCCCUUCGUCGCCCCGGGCCACACGAUCCCCAUGGUCGACCUGGCCCGCAUCUUCGCCGCUCGCGGCGCCAAAUCCACCGUCGUCGCCACCCUCGGCAACCUCCCCCUCAUCCGCCCCAUCCUAGACCUCACCAUCCCCUUCCCCUCUGCCGAGUCCGGCCUCCCCGACAGCUUCGAUAACCUCCUCGCCUUCCCCACCCCUGACGUCAUGCCCCAGAUCUCCGCUGCCAUCGAGCUGCUGCAGCUCCCCUUCGUCGACCUCAUCCGACAACACCGACCACGCUGCGUCAUCUCCGACGUGCACUUCCCCUGGGCCCGCGACGUGCUCGGCGUGCCGCGCUUCGCCUUCCACGGCACCGGGUGCUUCCCCCACGUCGUACUCGGCGCCGCCCUCAUCAGCUUCCGCAGCGCCCACAGCGUCGCUUCCCGCGACGACGAGCCCUUCGUCGUCCCCGGCCUCCCCCACCACGUAGAGCUCACACGCUCGCGCCUCCCUGACUUUCUGAUCUCUCCGAACGAAUCUCUUAUCCGCAUGGGCGAAGGCCUUGGGAAGACCGACGGCAUGGUGAUGAACAGCUUCUACGAUUUGGAGCCAGAUUACAUCGAUCUGCUGAAGCGAUCGGGCAGCAUGAAGGUGUGGCACGUCGGGCCGGUGUUGGUGUGCAAUCGGGAUAUAAAACACAAGGCGGUGAGAAGCGGUGCGGCCUCCGUCGGCUACGACGACAUCUUGAAUUGGUUGGACGGCAAGAAGGCGGGAUCAGUGAUCUACGUGUGCUUCGGCAGCAUCGGCCGGUUCACGGUGGCCCAGCUUCAGGAGAUCGCGCUGGGCCUAGAAAAUUCGGAGCACCCUUUUAUCUGGGUCGUGAGAUAUGACGGGGAUUUGUCGGAGCUCCUCCCAGCAGGGUUUGGAGAAAGGAAGAAGGGCAUGGUCAUAAACGGAUGGGCGCCGCAGCUGCUCAUCCUGAACCACGCCUCUGUCGGGGGGUUCGUGACGCACUGCGGGUGGAAUUCACUGUUGGAGGGGGCGAGCGCGGGCGUUCCGAUGAUCACGUGGCCGCUCUUCGCAGAGCAGUUCGUCAACGAGAAGCUGAUCGUGGACGUGCUGAGGAUCGGGAUCGCAAUCGGCGCAGAUAAGUGCUGCAGUCGCACAGAGGAAAGAGCGGUAGUGGCGGCCGAGGAGGUGCGGAAGGCAGUGGAAAAUUUGAUGGGCGGCGGCGAAGAGGCAGAUGGGAGGAGGGAGAGGGCGAGGGAGAUCGGCGAGAAGGCGAAGAGGGCGGCGGAGGAAGGAGGGUCUUCUUACAGUGAGGUUAGCUCUCUCAUAGAGCAUUUGCGUACCUUGAAGAUGAACUAAUUACUAAAGGCUCGUUUGACUCUUUCAUGUCCUUUUGAUGCAUUUGUUGUUUGAAUGUGUUUACUCAACUGCGAAGUUGUUUCUAUCUUGUAAGCUAUUUUUGGUGAUAAUAUAUUUUCAUUUUAUACGUUUGA